AAUUCCCAGCUUCCGUCGUAUCCUGACGUUACGUUCUACGUAUUGGGCAGCUCCCCGGAUGCGGCUGUGAUUGACUAUACCAGGCAGAAGAGAUCGCUAGCUAAGUGGCGGUGCUGCAGCCCCAGUGGUCGUUAGCAGGAUGCAGACCAUAAAGUGUGUGGUUGUUGGUGAUGGAGCAGUGGGGAAAACAUGCCUGCUCAUCUCGUACACCACCAAUGCCUUCCCUGAAGAAUACAUUCCAACAGUGUUUGACAACUAUAGCGCUCAGAUGAGCGUGGACGGCCGCAAUGUCAGCCUUAAUUUGUGGGACACAGCCGGCCAGGAGGAGUAUGACCGCCUGCGUACUCUCUCCUAUCCUCAGACCAACGUCUUUAUCAUCUGCUUCUCCAUCGGCAGCCCCUCCUCCCACGCUAAUGUCAGGCACAAGUGGCACCCUGAGGUGUCUCACCACUGCCCCAGUGUGCCCAUCCUGCUCGUGGGCACCAAGAGAGACCUGAGGGGUGACGCAGAAACGGUGAAGAAGCUGAAGGAGCAAGGGUUGGCUCCCACUACCCAGCAACAGGGGAAUGCCCUCGCUAAGCAAAUCGGGGCCGUCAAAUACAUGGAGUGUUCUGCUCUCCUGCAGGAAGGCGUGCGGGAGGUAUUUGCCGAGGCCGUGAGAGCAGUGUUGUACCCCGUCACGAAAAAGAACACCAAGAAAUGUGUGCUUUUGUAAUGAGGAUUCCUGGAUUUGGAUUGCGGAGGAGGAGCUGUUGAGUUCCACAGAUGCAAAGGAUGGCCGAGAGCAGUCCCUUCUUGGCUCCUGCCAUGCCACCUCAAGCAAUUUAGACUUCUUUAUCAGCUCCUUAUUCAUCCUCAGGAGGACUCCACCCUGAUGCCAUCAUCACCAAAGUGACUUUGCCAAAAUGAGGGCAAAAAAAAACAAAACAAAACGGAUCUCUUAUUUUUCUUACAUUUAAAUUUUUGAUAUCUACACUUUCUUCACAUGUUACACUUGUAGGUUUAUAGCUUCUCUGCUUUGCCUUUAUAAGAAAUGCUGAUAAUGGUCGUCACAAGCCAUAAUUCCAUCUAAACCAAGCUGCCCUGUUUGACUGGAGAGAUCUACUGUUGUUUAGGUGGAGCAAUAGUGACUACCUCAUGCUCACAUAGGUUCUUGCAUCUCGCGAGUGUCAAACACCUGCAUAGUGACGCUUGCCAUUUAGUCCACACGUAGACGCCGAGCAGCUUUUUUUAAUUUCAAGCAGCUUGAGUCCAGUCAACGCGUGACGAUCCCGGACAAGGGCCAGUUCCCAGCACAUCACCGGUAUGCGCGGAUUAGUGUUGAGCUCGGUGCUCAGCGUGGCAUGGUCGAGGUGUCCAUCCCGCUGCCCACGCAUGGAAGAGCCAGCCGGCCUUUUUUUGAAGAUAAGCCGCUCUCAUUAAAAUCAGCCAACUAGACAUCUCUUGAGCCAAAUUAAAACCAAACCGGUACCGGAUCCUUCUAAAUGACAGAAUAGGAUGCGGCUCAGCUCGCUCCUGCCUCCUCACUAUUAAAAACUUGGAAUUAAGGACAGGGUUUUCUCGAUCGAUGUUGGCAGCCAUUUAUAUUAUGGCAAAUUUGCAUUGUUCUGAGCUCCUGUUUCAAUGCCUGUGUCAUCUUAAGCAGAUGAGUACUUCCCAGUGGAGGUCUGCAUGGCUGGAGCUCAAUGUUGCAUAGCUGAUGUCAUUUUUUUUUUUUUUUUUAGACCACAAACUAGUGAAUCAACAGUGCCUCUGCUGGUUACAAGUAGUGUACUCCAUUUUGCCUUAGUUGUUUCAAUGCCGCGAUUAAUUGAUGAUGGUCGCCACCCUGUCUUGGAAUCCCAAACAAUUGUAUUUUCUAAUCAGAACAUGUUCAAUUUACUCCAGUAAAAACGGUUUUAAUCUACAAUGUGGCCAAAGUUUACUAUAUUUUUUGUAAUAGCCUAUGUUUAUUAGAUUGUUCACGUCAAUGGCUUCGCUGCCUUGCAUUAAAUGCUAGCAGAAUAUGACCACGGCGUAAUUGACCCAGUGUAUAUGUAAUAUCCAAACAUGUUUUAAAUGGCUCGCGCUAGGCUGUGUAUUUCUCUUCCUGUAUUUCAUUAAAAUAAUUCCAUUCUUGAAUAUGAAUAAGACAAAAAAAACAAGAAUUUCUACCACCACGUAUAUUUUUCUUAAGCAUCGCAGCAGUUUUAAUUGUCAUGAUUGACAGAGGCAGGCGUUUUGUCUGCUCACAUGCCUUAUCCAAACCAAAAACCGCAGUGGUGGUAUUUUGUCAAACCCAAAGGUUGUCAUUUUAGUGCCACAAAAGCCUUUAAAUACAACCCCCCUCCCUUGUCCUCUUCACCAAACUAUGAAUCUCACGUUACGUUCUUACUUUCUUCCUGUCAGUAAACACACUGCAGCACUCUUUAAAGCUCGGUUGCAAAACUGACAUCUCAAUGCGCAAGUACGAUUCUUAACACAUUGUGGUUUAUAUGCCUGCAUUGCAUGCUGCAGCGAGAGCAGCGUAUAACAAUAACUGCAGUGGUGGAAGGUGCCUUGUCGGUUUUUAUGUUGUUUUUAGCAAUAAGUGGUGGGUUGUUUUUAGCUUCACGCUGCCAGUAAUGACUUUUUUUUUUUACUCAGUGAAUUGUAUGAAAUGACUUUAUUGCGGCCUGUAAUAACCAAUACGCAAUAACAUUUAAAAGGGCUGAUUUAAAGUGAAAAUAUGUGCACAAUUAGACAAACUGUGGUCAUUUUGUCCCCCCUUCCCACACUUUUAACAUGUCCUGAUUUCACUCAAUAACGGAAGUGGAACAUACACCUGUGGGCUCUUUUGUUGUCGGUGUCCCAGAGCUGUAUGCUACCGUGUGCGUGGUACUACGCUUUUACACUGGGAACUUGAUUUGUAGAGAUCUGUAAUUGUUUUAUAUAUAACAAAGCAUAUUUGUAUAAAUGAACUAACAGUGAGAUGAUUUUAAAUUAUGCCAAAUAAAACGGUGGUUGAAACCA